AUGAGUGGCUUAGAGCUUGUGUGUCCAUUGAUUGGGGAGCUUGCUGUAUUUGAUCCGGUUGAGUCUGGGAUAGUUGGUCUAGAGCUCGGAAUUCCAGCUGCAGGGCCUGAUGGCGUAGAUCCGCUAGGGAUAAGUGGCUGGGAGCUUGUAUGGCCGGCAGGAGAUGAGCCUGGAGCAUUUGGUCCAGUUAACUCUGUAAGUGAAGGUGUCGAGCCCGAAGAUUUGACCUCAGAGGAUCCCUCGGUCUCUGAAGCCCCGUCUGUCCCGGUAGAUUAA